AUGGCUCCGUUCAUGGCCGCAUUCAGAAGGCCUUCCUGGCUGCUAUUGAGCUUUGCUCCGCUGGCAACUGGUAAGUUUGACGAGGCUGCCAAGGCUGCUUUCGCGGUCGUCUCGCAGUUGCAAGACUCUCUAACAGGCGGACUGGUGCAGGAUCCAGUCCUCGCCGGGGUCGAGACGAUUGAGCGAUCCGUGCAGAAAGCCUCUCGCGAGGGAGCGCAGAUCAAGGAUCUGCUAGGUCAGAUCAAGACGGCCCUUGACGUCGAGCUUUCUCACCUCGAGUUUGAGGAGAGUCGCGCAGCGGCCCGGAGCGAGCUGGAAGCUCUGGAUCAGCGGUUAAAGGCGUGCCAUGCUGGAGCGCCUGUGGUGUUACUGGACACGACCGGCAUGAGAUCUCAGCACAAAGCCUGUCGUCAAGCGGAGGCGGCCGCGUGGUCAGCUUUCACCGAGAAGUGUAGCGCAGAUACUUUGCACCUGGAGGGCCGAAGGCUCUUGCAAGGACAUACGGACUGCCCACGGCUUGCAGCGGACUACAAGCAGCAGCGAAGCGCAUGCAAUCGAAUCCAGGACGAGUUGGAUUCUGCAAUGUGCGCACAGGUGCAUCACCGGCGGCAGCCGUGCGAUCAUCGUCUGGCUUGUGAGGCAAAGGUCUUGGAUGCAAUGAACACUGCGCUGGAUACCAUCGAAGCGCAGGGCCGAGAGUAUUUUGGCCUUAGAAAGGCCAAGUCCUCCGUUGCGUGCGUGUUGACUGCGAUGGGGCAACCGGGUGAGACUGCAGAUGAUGCCUUGAAGUCUUGCCACAAGCUGGAUGAGGAGUCAGAAGUAGAGGCUUUCAUGCUUUCUUUGCCAUCACUGCCCCAGCUGAGCACUUGCGAGCCCUUGGCGGUCCUCCAGCAAGGAGGAGCCAGUGGUGGAGUAGUGGAUUAUGGCGACUUACCGCGGGAUGCGCCAGCAAAGACAUGUUCGAGUGCCUGUUGCAGCUCCCUUCUGCAAGAGGAUCCUGUCAUGAAUUCAGAUGACUACGAACAGGCGCACGAUGAGAAGCCGCCCGUUGCCCUCGACGGGUGUGUGGCAUGGUUUCGUGCAGAGGAUGCGGCAGUGCCAUGGCCAAGCACGGUCGGAUCUCACCAAGGACAGGUGGUCAGUCGCAAGGCUGACACCAGUCUCGAGAUCGGUCAUGGCACCAAACGUGGUGUGCGCUUCCUCCGUGGCGAUGAGAAGACCCGCUUCGACUUUGGAGAGGUGCUGGAAGAGACCUACAGCAUUUGCUCAAUAACACGUUACACUGGCAAGCCUCACGGCCGAAUUCUUCAGGGUUCUGAGGGUAACUGGCUACACGGGCAAGCGUCCGGGAAAUCCGGCGUCAGCUGCGCAGGGCAAGACAUGCCUUCAGCUGCAGUGCUGGAAGACUGGGUAGUGGUCUGUUCAACCAGCGAUGACUCGCGUGAUGCGCUUGUGAACGGAGAGGCGGUUUCGCAAGAUUCGUGCCAGCCUACGAACGUGAAGCUAAAGCAGAAUCUUGUCAUCAACCACGGAAAGCUGUGGGAGGAGGUUUCCAAGUGGGCAGUCAUGGAGGUCAUUGUGUGGAACAGAGUCCUGUCUGUGGCAGACAUGAAGCAAGCAUCCGAUUAUCUGACCGCAAAGCUUGCCGGUGGAGUCGAUGUCGACUUGAAAAUCAGCAAAGCAGAUGGGUCCUGCAACGGGCGCCGGGUACAAGUCCAGCUCUCUUCGAAAAGCGGCGAAGGUUGGAACCACUACGCAGAUGCCGGCGAUGCAACAGACAAGCGCCAAUAUCUGCUUCCUGACUCCUCCUUCGGAACGUACAAAGUCCUCGACACUGCGCUGCCUGUCGUCAGCCAGCGGAACCCUGACGAGCUUGCUCCGUGGGCUCACUCCUCCCUCCGGGGGAAGGCUUUCGUGGUGAUGGGCAAUCACAAGGGUCCAAAGAUGCUCUCCUUCUUUGCUCUUGACGACAAUGUGACGAUCCGUAUCUCGAUCAACGAAACGGAUUGGAAAGACCUGGAGCUGGACCAUGGCUCAGCAAGCUACGUGGAGGGCGACUUCGAGUUUUCGAGGGUCCUGUUGAUGGGAACCCGAAACUUCCUAAUGACGAUGAGUGGCCCGGACCAGACGUACAACACUCCUGUGGCCCCGGCUGCCAAAAGCAUCUACGGACCUUGUGCUCAGGACUGGUACGUUACAAACCUGAAAGGAACGGCUACUACCAUCAAGCAGGAGUGCUCUGAUGGAACCUCACAUACCUACACGGCAAGCACCGUGAGCUGGAGGAUGCAUGAUGAUGCCCGAACCUCUCACUACACAAACGGUCCUCAGGUAAGCAACGAUGCGUUGUCCAAGUGUGAAGCCUGGAAGGGAAGUCUGGCUGCUGCUGUAAAGAAGUGUGAUGACUCGCCGAGCUGCCUUUCCUUGCACGAUGCUUUUUGUGACGGUCGGGAAUGGCGAGUUUGCUCCGUCACGACUGAAACGCUCAAAAGUGUCGAUGCCGGGGCGACAGAUGCUUGCACCAAGAUCAAAGGUGCUGCUUCUCUUUUGCAGACAGAGACGCAGUCGCCGGCAGGAUGGUACCGUGUCGAUCAGAGCAAGAAGACCUGCAAUGCCACCUGCAGUGCACUUUCCCUGGUGUGUUCGACAGACAGCUCUCUGAUCAGCUCCGAGAACAAAAUGAAGAUAGCUGUCGGUGUCGUCGGGGCAGCCUGCUCUACCGUUGAGGAGGCUCAGAACGGCACGCUGGCGGCAACAUUCCGGCCAGAUUCCAAUGAUGCUGCCAGCACAAUCUGCGUUCCUGCCAGUGAAAGCGUCCCACUGGACUGCGGCCAGGAGAUGCCGAACGACGAGACCGUGAAGAUGUGCUACUGUGGCGGUGGGGAUGAACUGUACAAGCUAGCGACCAAGGGUAGCAAUGUGUGCCCUGACAACUACCGAGCAGUCGAGUCCAAGGAGGACUGCCAAACAGCGGCGGAGGGCGAUAUGCCUGGCAUACCUCCUCCAAGUGCAUGGGAUGAACAAGAUCCGAACAACCAGGGUUCGCCUUCAAGCUGCUUCAAGGAUCUGGAGACUGGCAAGGUACGCUUCAACUCCAUCGCCAUGAAGGGCUACGAAGAGCUGGAUUCCUGGCAGACAGCAGACCACCGGAAGAUCUGCAAGAAGGCCUUUGAUGGUCCCCAGGAGGAGCCGAUGUGCAAGUUCACCGCAAUGGAGGAGCAGACCUUCUUGGGAGGCGUCUCCUAUGACAGUGCCAUAGCCUCCACGUCGAGUGCAAUCACCUUCAUGCCGCCUGGAGUCUUCCAAGGUGAGACCCAGAUGCCCUUUGGAAUCUCGCAGAUCAAGCUGAUAAGCGACAAGAACGCAACCUGCAAGAUCAAGGGCAAGAAGUACAAGCUGUACGGGCAGUUGGGGGUUUUCUCCCUCAGGUUGAAAGACAAGAACCUUAGUCCACUGGACGUGAUCAUGUGCAAUCAGAAUGUGAUGGCUGUUGGCUUCAAGAACAUGUCCUCCAGUGCUGCGGCCUCCUCGGUUCCGGCACCACGGCUGAAUCUGCUGUCGGCUACCGCUUGCCAAGCUGCCAACAUGCGUGGUGUGGGAGGCUUGCAGCUGGACACAGUCUUGCAUCUGGAGCCAGGGUUUGUGUUCGUCAAAGUGUUGGAGAAGACAGCCAAAGGCGAGGUCUACACAAUCGGCAAAGAGGAGUUCAACGAGCUCCUGCAGCCGUACAACAAGUAUCCUGUUGUGAAGCGUAUAUGUCCCUCGUGCGCUGCGACUCACACAGAGAUCGUGUACCGUCGCUUCACUCCUUUGAAGGAGUACUCGCCAUACGAAUCGUUGUCCUGCGCGUGGAACGAAGAUCCUGACAACGUCGAGGGCAAAGACUUCAAGCUCUUCAGCAAUCUCAACGAUGCUUUUGCGGACGAGCACAAGUGGUCUUCAUGUAACUUCGCUCCGCUUGACAGCUUCAGGGGCUUUCCUUUCGAGAGCGGUCCUCAAGCAGCCCUUGGCGAGCAGUGGGAUAGCAUUCCUGUCAACGAAGGAGAUGCGACAGGAAAGUGCACGACAGACAAAGGUGGGCGCGCUACAGCAUUCUACAUGCUCCUUCCCAUCGUCCCGCAGAAAUUCAGGCUUGGCUUGUCGGUCGAUCAAGAUGGAAAAACCACAAGCCUCGAGGAGUCCGAGUUCAAUCGUCGCUUCCAAGUGAGCAGGUACCACAUCAUUCUGCGAAAGUGCCAGGAAUGCUCGAAGAGCCACAGGUACAUCUUCUAUCGGCGGAUGACGAACUUAGACACCUAUGAACCUUACAAGGCCUUGGCGUGCGAUUGGCAGGCUGACGAGGCGAAUGCCUACAUGGUAGACUUCAAGCUCUACAGCGACCUUCAGGAUGCUCUUGCCGACAACAAUGCCUGGGAGUACUGCGCCUUCGACGGUACUGGAUUUCCUGGAACAUGCAGCCCAACUGGCUCAGCCAAAUCUGGCCAGACCAGCUACAUUCCAGUGUCAGGUUGCACCGGCAAGUCCAGCAAGGCGGUUACCUUUGAGUUGUACGAAGACGAAGACUUGGAUGUGGAGGAAUUGCAGGAUGGUGCCGGCGACGCAGUCAAAAAUCUCCAAGAUGCAGCGCUUCCUGCAGCAAUCGUGCCAUCCGAAGGGAUGGUUUCAUGGUUUAGGAGUGAAGAUGCAGGACCCAGCUGGAAGAGCAGCGUCGGACCUUUCACUGCAGAAGCAAAGGGUGGUCUGGUUCGCGCAGCAACCCGUCACUAUGGGGCAGAGCUGAAGCACAUUUAUGGCGACAGCAAGUCGAGCUUCACUUUUGGAGACAUAGUCCCGGCCACCUUCACGAUGUGUUCCUUGUCGGCCUACACGGGCAUUGCUCAGGGCAAGAUUCUUCGUGGAGAGAGCUUCUGGCAUGGACAUGCCGAUGGGCAAGCUGGUAGUGUCUUCUAUGGCGGCCAGUGGGUGCGAGAUGAGAAGAAUCUGACGGGCACGCGAAACUGGAUCGCUCUUUGCGCCUCAAACCAGCAUGAGUACGUCUUCCUGGAUGGUGUCGAGGUUCCUGCCAAGUUUGCAGGAGGUGGUGGAAACACUGCCAUCGGUGUCAACGACGGUCCUGAGGAUGAGCACUCGGACUGGGCUGUGGCUGAAGUCAUGACCUGGGAUCGCGUCUUGACGCGCUCUGAGAUGAGCGAGGUGCAGAACUACCUCCGCGCAAAAGCCAAGACAUGCCAGCCGGAGCAGUCUGCACAGUGUGACACAGCUCCUUGCGUUUCGCUCUUCGUCGGGCCAAACAAUCACAAUGUAAUGUUCCGCAACGAUGAUGGAACUGCCACAGUCAAAACUUACGGCGGGACACAGAUCAGCUGUGUUUGCAAAGGACACUGCGUUGGGCUGGUGGGCUCUUGGAGAUGUGACGAUGGGCCCUACGGAGGGCACUACAAAAUCAGCCCGAGCUACAGCGACGACUGGACCCCCGAGACGAAUCGGGACAGCCUGCUGCUCUGCACAGUCGCCAGGCCCAUCUGGUCAGAGAAGGGAGAGGUGGACAGCAAGCGCUUUGCCAUUCAAGCUGGCCUUUCAGAAGGGCUCGUGAAGGACACUUCCUUUACUCUGACAGCCACAAUCCGAAGAGAUGCCGGCGGUGGGCCACAGACACUCUUCAGCUCCAGCCAUGAUUCCUCGAACGUGGACCAGGAUCUCCGAGCCGUCGUGAAUCCGGACUCAACAUUCAGCUUCCAGUUUGGUGGCCAAGCUUGCCAGACCGCACCAACGGAGAGGAGCGUUACUGGCGAAUGGCAGCACGUGGCUUUCAUGUAUGACAUGGAGCAGAAUGAGACAAGGAUCUAUCUCAAUGCUCUUGAGGUCAAGGCUUGUAGCUUUGCGUCUGCAUUCUCACCGGACGAUGCUGCCAAAUUUGCAAUUGGUGCUUACAAAUCUGCGAGCAAGUGGACAGGAGCCAUGAAGGAAAGUGCGGUGUACUCUCAGACUCUGAGUUCACCACUCAUCGGCCGUUUGGCUGGCGAUCUAGCACUACCCAAGGCAAUGGUGUGGUAUUCGCACGAAGACAGCUGGAAUCGGAAGAGCUUCGUCGAAGCCGUAAGCUUUUGUGCGAAGCGCAAAAUGAAGCUGGCACGCUUUGAUGACUACUGCAAGCCCAACAGCGAUGGGGUCUUCACCGUGAGCCCGCGUGUGGCCCCAGGUGACCAGUGGGUGCCCUACGCCGGUGCGCAGGAGAAUUCCUGGGUGCAAAUUGGAAAUGGGGCCAGCACGAAGAGCCCAGUUGAGCCUUGCAAGACUUACGAGCAGCAAUUUGGUGGCAAGCCUGACUGGGGAAUGGAUGGCAAGGCCUACCGAUACAAGUCCUUCCUUGCAUGCAAAGCUUCAUACGGAUUCAUCCCAUAUUCUGCUGACAGGGGACAGGGCAAGUGCGAGAAAGGUGAAGCCAUUCCGCAUGACAACGCUGCGAAAACGGAAUACUCCUGCAAGAUGCACUGCGUCAAGGAAGCCAGUUGUGCUUUUGCAAGUUGGACUGCUACGGAGCAAGAUGGAACGUGUGCGCUAUUUUCCACCUGUGACUCCUGGGCUCCUUCUUCAGUGUCCACCACGUGGAUCAAGAAGCCACUGCGCUGA